UCUGAAUAUUUGGAACAUUCCUUUGACCCCUGAGGCAAUGUUUAUACACGGUCAUCUCAGGUCACCUAGCGAAACGAUACUUCCCCAGCGAAGUUAAAACCACCAGAAGAACCAUGCAGCAUUUUAAGGAGGCGUUUUCCAAACACAUGAGACAGCCGUCCGGGGGACCUGUAGGCUGGCUGGUCAAGAGAUUUCUUGAGAAAAGAAACGAUGGUCUUGAGAGGCAGGCGGCGAAGCUUCUCAACAUCAAACCGCAUCAUAACGUACUGGAGGUUGGUUUUGGUCCCGGACUCGGACUAAAACACGCUUUAAACUACAUGGGACCGGGCGGUCCAGGUAAAGUCUAUGGACUCGACAUUUCUACGCAGAUGGUGGGCAUCGCCACCAAGCGAUUUCAAUCACACAUUGCAGCUGGAAAACUUCAGGUUACCCUCGGAAGUGUUACGGACCUCCCAUACGCCGAUAGGUCUAUGGACGGUAUAUUCCACGUCAACUGUUACUACUUCUGGGACGAUAUGAACCAAGCUUGUGCAGAGCUGCACCGCGUACUGUCGCCAGGCGGCGUGAUGGUCUCCACUUUGAAGAAGAAGAGGCUUGAGCUGUUGAUUGACAGGGGUUACAAUAGAUAUGCACAUAAACUGAAUCCAGACGAAUACAUGGCGGUAUUGGAGCAGACUGGGUUCACGGGAGUGACGCUAGAGCACUUCGGAAAAGGACAAACAACUUUUGAAGCAAUAUUUGCAUAUAAGGAGGCAGGAGGUAGUAGAAGUGCAGUAAUAAAGUAACAAAGAUUUGUUUGCUUGCUUACGUGUUUGUGUUAUUUCUGAGACCUAGUGUUAUCACUGAUUGUGUUUACAGUACAUUGCAUCUUUGCAAGUCAAGCAAGCAAUCAUACUGCAGAAAUAUCGUACACAUAUUGAUAAAACUUUGUACAAUAGAGGCCAGUUAAUUACACAAUUAAUUACCGCACACUUCUGUUAAUUGCACGGGAUCCCCAAAUCCCAAACCGGAACGGUCCAGCUAGCUUACUUCGCAUUGUUGCACCACCCGAUAAAUGCACAAAUACUGUGGCAAGUGGGGUGUGCAAUUAAAUUAAUUCUACUGAGAACGUGGGUGUAACGUACGUGUUUCAAUGUGAACAGGUUUUACGGGUCUGGAUUAUUUAAUGCGGUUAAGACAGCAUUUAUCAAGUUCAUGCUAGGCGAAAGACCAACAGAUUUUGUUUAUCACGUAACAUAAAAUAAAACCUUGUUUGUUAUUCACUCCUGUUAGCACAUUUACACCCUUAAAAUAUCCUUCCGAGUACGUCCUGUGGUCCAUAUUUCUAUAUUUGGACACUUUUGCCUGGUUGCAUUCCAUAGGGGCGAACGUCACCGUUUGGGCAACUUUCCCAGAUAAACUGUUGUUGCUGUAGUAGACGGAGUCGUAAGGUGCAAAACAGGCCCAAACUGUACAUAAAGCUCAGCCGAACCGAUGUUAGAUGAAGAGAUAGAUGAAUAUGCAACGUACUUCCUACUUUUUCUAUAUGGUGAUCUGUGUACAUGUAUCUAACCAUUGCAUCGGCAUCAAAUUCGGCGCAAUUACAAGGAUUUGGGAGAUAGGCGUCCAGAGGCAUCCGGUUGUUUUCUUUUCGUAGCAUAUUACAUUCAGAACGUUGCUGUUGAUAUAAGAUCUAAAUUUUACAUAACAGUGAUAGCUUUUGCCUUUAUUUGUAGUCAGCCCAAACCCCAUUCCGGUAUUUCUGAAGAAGCCCUAAUUAGCACUUUACCGUGACCGAUACCCAGUAAACACUAAAUGUUAUGACAAACCAACUUGAUUAGGUGACAAGCUUUGACUGCGCCCAGGAAAGCUGGGGGUCAUGUUAGCGUUUCCCAGUCCAGCCUUAACAGUCUUCCACAGAGCAGAGUUUUGGAGGCACGCAGAAUGUUGUUCGCCUACACUGCUGUGAUAAUUCUCAUGGUUACCACGCCCAAUGGGUUAACAGAUGCCUUGGACUGCCUGGAGUGCACCAGUACGGACGAGAGCUCGCUCUGUGCCAGCGAUCCGUGGAACGGUGCAGAGAUAUCCGCCUGUCCGGAAGGUUAUAACAGGUGCAUGACCGUCAGACUGGACCUGAACGGCAACUUGACGAUCUCCCGGGCAUGCGCUACCCCCGAGAACUGCUCGGCUCCCAACCCGUGCUGGGGAGCGCUCGGGUCCUGCUCCGUCAACAGGCAGCUCUACUGCUGUAACACCGACGUCUGCAACGACCACCUCACACGACCAAUCACAGACUCAGCUGAGGAGAUCCCGAUGACGACAUCACCAACUCAGACCCUGAUUGGUGAUGAUUUGGCUGGUACAACGAUCAGUGCCACACCCUCUGGAGUGGCAGUCACCGGAGGAGGGACCUGCAGUAUCUUUGGCGGAGUCUUGUCGUUUUCACUCCCACUUGCUGUCCUGAUCAUCACGAAACCGUAACGUUUCUACAGACCACCCUAUAAGAAUACUUAAUUUUGUAAUGUUCAAUCUACAGCUCCUUCUCAGACUAGAAAUGUUUUGUUUUCACUCAAAAUAAAGUGUGCUAUGGCAGCUAUGGAAGUGUUGUAAAGUUGGUGCUUUUGAGCACAGUCGGAUAUAGCAGUAUAAGUGAUUUGAAUGGCGGAUGCUGGCUUAUCUGAACUAUCAUAAUAUCCGAACCUAUUCUAACCGAUAUAUCCCAGACUGUUAAUAAUUGUACACGUAUCUUCAUUUUUUGUUAUUUGAAAUUGAAAUUAAUUAUGCAGAUAAAUCAUAAUUGUGCUCUUUUUAGUUCAGAUUUGCAGUAGGGCAGUGCCUUAUCAGUGCCUUAUCCUGCUCAGUGCCUUAUUUCAAUUUUUCAGUAUUGUGGCAGAAUUCUGUGAUUUUCCUGGUGCAUGUGUUUUCAAAAUAAAAAGAAAGGAAUUCCGUAAACAAUGAUAUAUGAUUUCAGCAAAUGUAGUACCGCCAGUAGCCACCGCGUCUUGCUACCAAUGCACAAUGCAGCUCUAUGUUUCUGUCAUGACGUCUUCUAGUGUACAUGUGGUCUGUAUCGCCUACACAUCUCUAGGACACUUCCGUUUAAUCAGAUGGAUAUCUGUAUGUCCCCGGCAGGGCUUGUUCAGUAUUACCCUGCCUUUGUUACUGUUGAACAAAAGACCGAGUGUCGUUUUGUCUCGCGAGAUUUCACGUGACGUCACCGCGUCUCACUCGAUUUCAACUUCUUGGCCCAGCCCUCCACUUCAGUCUAGCUUCCCCACGCCCAACCUUUGCUUACAUCUGAGACGUUCGUGGAACCAAGAAAACUUUCCGCGAUACGUCAGCAGCUGCGUGCAUCUAUACACGGGAGCAUCCAUGUGAUUGUCAUCUUGCAAACAGCAAACUCCGGAAAAGUGUCCCAAAAUAUGAGGCGGGUUGCGGUGCUAGCGGUGCUGUGCGCGCUGUUGUUACGCGUGUCGGCUCUGCGGUGCUGGGAGUGCCGGUCCCGGGGAGAACACACCCGGUGUGAGUACCGGCCCGGCCUGGUGGCCAGGACCACGCAGUGCACGGACAGGGAGACUCGAUGUCUGACCUCCAAAGCCAAGUCUAACGGCCACGUGACUGUUGUGCGCGGGUGCGCCACGCCUGCGCGUGGCAUCCUGUCCGACUGUGACGGUGUGACGGGAAACUGCUCCAACCAGCAGUACUGCUGCGCCUUCGACAUGGGCAACGACGAGUUCUCAGCAACCGUUACCAUGGAAACCACAAUUCUCACCACCCUGCGUGAUGAGGAGGACCAAACCGAAACCGUCACAUCCGACCCCGGGCGGAAGGCGCCGAAGAUUGGCGUCGUCAUGGGGAACGCAGGACAACGCGUCGUUCGUGAAUUCGGACUCAUUGUAGCGUGUUAUUGUGUUCUUUUGAUGACGUCAUGGUGAAUCAGCGCUGACCUUGACCAUGGACACUUAGAUGCUUGUACAUACGUGCUUAGUGGUUAGGGCGUGUCUGGCGAUGAAGAAUAUCUCGUUAUUUAAAGCCGUAGUGGGAAACAGCCGUGAUAGUAUAUGUUGAUGCGUGUCUGGUGCCGUCUACGCAUGCGUAAUUAUUCAAAGAUGACAGGAUAUGUACAACAAUGCUUCUUAAGUUAUGCACAAUUGUCAGAAAUAUAUUUCCUCGUUCACCUUCACCUUCUCAACAUUAGUAAACAAAUCAAAUUGAAGAAUCCAGAUUUCAGUCAGAUUAAAAACGAGUAAAGAGGUUUUUGAAAAACACUCUCCUGUGGAGAUUCUCUUGUGAACUCAAAAAUAGCCUUUUCUUACUGAUACAUGAACAUGAAGCAAAAUCUUACAGCUAUACAUUCAAGUUGAACUCCUGUAAUCUAAAUGUACCUAGGACUGAGGGAAUUGAGGGGUCCAAUAACGGAAACUGGCGAAAUAUAUUUAUAUAAACGGUGAA